GUGAGUAUUUCAUAAACACACUACCGCCAUUGUCGGGGAUUUAAACGUCUACAGCUAAGUGUCCAGUAUUUAACAACAUGCAGCCAUGUUUUGGAUAACCCUUCUGCUGACUGCAAGUCCAAUAUGGGGACAAACAUAUGAUUGCCCACAGGACUGGUUUGAACAUGGUGACCACUGUUAUCACUUCUCCUUCAACCCACUUAAGACUUACCUCCAGGCUAAAGAACUCUGUGAGGAUUAUGGGGCUGCCCUGCUCAGUAUAGAGACUACAUCUGAAGAUGUCUUCAUCAAGAACUGGCUCAGUCAGAGAGAUCAGGCCAAAAACCUGUGGUUUACCAGUGGUGUAUAUCUGGGAGACGGGAUGUUUGUCUGGCAGAGUACCGGAGCCGAGCUGAUUGAUCACCUUGACUACUGGACCAGCAUAAACCACAUGCUGAAGACUGGUGCCAACAUUGUCUAUGGAUACUCGGGAAGCAGUCAGAGCUAUGGCUGGAUGAGAACAGAUGGCACCCAUUCUCUGAGCUAUAUUUGCGAGAUUCCACGUAAGGAAGUGUACCGCAUCAUACAGGAGGCGAGAGACUACUCAUAUGGAACUUUCUAUACAAACCCUAGCUUAGUACCCCGUGGCCCGGAGAUGUACAUCAACCCGAUAGACACGGAGAUACUUGGGAAGACUCGACUUGUAUUCCUGGAGUGCGAAGCUAAAGGGCUUCCCCAGCCAACCUACACAUGGACAAGGAACUCGUCACAGGAUGUGAUUACCCCGACGACCGACAUCCGAUACACGCUGACCAAUGGCCGACUGUCGAUCCAGGACCCUACUGAGAGCAAAGAUGCUGGCCAGUAUCAAUGUGAAGCUGAAAACAGAUUUGGAAAGAUAAUCUCUGCUCCGGUCUUUCUUUCAUUUGCAUUCCUCGGCGAUUUCACCAAUGUAGAUAGAGCUCCAACACGCCCUGCUGAGUACAGUGGUGCUAUACUAGAAUGUCCCACAUUACAGGCCCGCUCAAAAGCAGGUCUCACGUACCAGUGGAAGAGAGGUCGGGAGUUCAUCAUCACCGACCUCAACAACUAUAUGUUCAUAUCACAGGACGGAAAGCUGUACUUCUCCGAGGUGACACGCAGCGAUAACGGCGAAUAUUACUGUAUCACUACCCUCAGCAGUCCCAGUGAUUCACGUAACUAUAUAGGGUCGGCACAGGUUCCCAGUCGCAUCAGCAGGGAGGUCAACCUCGAUGUCAUAGCUCAACCCAGCAGUGAGGCGGCCGUACAGAUCCAGGACAGCUUUAUCCAAGUGUUUCCAAAGAUACCAAUAGCAGGACAGACCAUUGCCCUCGAGUGUUUUGCUUAUGGCUCUGGUAACCUUAAAUACUCCUGGACUACUCCCGGUAAACAAGAUGAUCGCUUCUCACUGUUGGACAGUAGUCGUGUCCUCACCAUAGCCAACGCCAGACUGGGGGACUCAGGAACCUACAGCUGUACAGUGAGGAGCAGGAAAACUGACACAUUUGGCACAAAGAUGUUCACACUCUCUAUUGAAGCCAAACCAUUCUUCACCCUCCCUCUAAAAAGCCAGCACGUAGGUACAGGUAAACAGUUGACAUGGCGCUGUGAGGCACGGUCUAUUCCCCGUGCCGUUUACACAUGGUACAAGAAUGGUGAACCUCUCCUCAACACUUCCGACAUCGUUGUCAUACGUAACACACUUGUCAUACCAGCUCUUGAAAAGAAACACAGUGGCAUGUAUCAGUGUUCUGCCGACAACAUCCACGGCACCACCAUGAGCUCUGCACAGCUCAGGGUCCUUGAAUUCCCACCAACCUUCAACAAAUCUCCCCUGCCAUCCUCAAUGAUGGGGGCCAGGUUGGGCAAUAUCACUAUUGCCUGUAACCCAGAAGCGGCACCCUACCCCAUGUUCACGUGGCUGUUUGGGGGCAAUGACAUGAGCCUACGUGAAGGGGACACAACUUCCAGGAUACGCAUGCUGGCCAACGGAGACCUGCUUCUAACAAGGCUGGUUGACGCAGAUGGAGGGGUGUACACCUGCAAAGUAGAGAAUUCCUUGGGAUCAGCAAUGAGUACAACAAACCUAAAGAUAUUGACUAGGACUUCCAUUAGUGUACCUCCAGUGAAGAGAGAAGUUAUUGUCAACAACACAGUGUUUAUACCGUGCCGUGCCUCACAUGACCCGGCGCUGGACCUCAUCUACACCUGGCAACUCAAUGGACACAAUCUAGAUGUCCAACGUGACACCACCUACCAGCUGGGUGGUGAUGGGAGAGGAGGGCUGUAUAUCCGUAGUGCCCAGUUCCGACACCAGGGAGAGUACACCUGCACUGCCUCGACUCCUGUAGACCAAGACUUUGCGUCCAGCACACUAACAGUCCUAGGUCCUCCAGGGGAACCAGCAGGUGUGUACAAUGACAUAGCGAGUCCCCCUCCAAACCCGCGCACAGUCAGAAUCAAGUGGUCAGACGGAAAGCUCAAUGGCCCUCCCAUCACCUUCUACAUGAUAGAGGCCAAGACCAACUACUCAUCGAAGUGGUACCUACAGACCAUGAAUGUGUCCUACUCCAGUGCUAUCGUAGUUGGAGACUCAGACAAGCGGUCAGCUCUGGUGGAUAACCUCAAACCUGGUGUGGCCUACAGGUUCAGGGUUGUGGCUGUCAACCAGUAUGGAUUUGGUACCCCUAGUAUCCCUACAGAUUAUAAGACAAUACCUGCUGCUCCUCCUGAGGUACCUCCAAAAAUGGUUGGGGGUGGCGGGGGAAAGGUUGGAGAGCUCAGAAUUACCUGGAAGCCCCUGCCUCCAGAGGACCAGUUUGGUUGGGGGAUCGGCUACCUGGUAGAAUGGAAAUUACGACAGAUAGAUAUUGGUACCUCACGCUCCAUGUGGGCACAGGCACGUGUGUAUGGUAACAAGAGUGAGUACUCAACCACGGUUGGAGCAGAUUUACCCUACGUCGAGUAUGAAGUACGAGUGACACCAUUUAAUAUGUUCGGGGAUGGUAAAGCCACACUCACCGCAUUUAUCUACUCUGCCGAGGGAUUGCCAGUCAGUACCCCCACAAAGGUGUACGCCGACAGCUAUAACAGUACGGCCGUCAGCGUCCACUGGAAACCAGUCAAAAACACCAUCCAGAGCAUGAAAGGUCGUCUCCGUGGUUACAAGGUAAACUACUGGCUGCGAGAGGGCGGCGACGAGAUGCAUGCCAUCCAGGCCAUUUUCUACGGGGACAUAGACCACGCCAUCAUCAUCGGCCUCCUGCCGGAUACCUGGUACUACUUCAAUGUACAGGUGUUUAACACAGCAGGCAAUGGUCAGAAGAGCGAGAAGUACCCGCAGGAGACGGACCGAUACCGUCCUAUGCGGUACCCAACAGAGGUCCAUGUCCACUCUCACAGUACUGAGUCUGCCAAGGUGACCUUCAGAGGAAUAUCUACCCAGGUGGAGGAAGAACCCCUUAGGGGUUACAUGAUAAAAUACUGGGAGACGUCCGAUGACAUUCGCCAGGCUAAAACUUUGGACGUUGAAAAGGCCAAUGCCGGUAUUAUUUAUGGACUAAAGAAGGGAAUUGUGUACAAACUGAGGGUGCUGGGAUACAGUCAGGGUGGUGAGGGGAAAAUGUCUUCACCUGCUACUCUUUUCACGAUGGCUGGUGGCAGUAUUCCUUACGACCCAACGUCUACAGACAUCAUGGCUGCUGCCUCCAGCCUCUCCGUCUCCACGACAAUCACUGUGAUAUGUACCAUAGCAUCUCUAGUGCUCUUCCUCAUUUGAGUAUCAGUGCUUGUCAUCAUUUGAGUAUCAGUGCUUGUUCCUUUUAAGUACUCAUCUCCAGCUGGUCAAUAGAUGUGUUCAUUGGAGUAUCUGGACAUUGGCAGCUCUCACGCAAAGUUGACUAAUAAUUUUGCCAUUUUUGUCACGGUGCCAUACUGUAAAAGUGGAAAUGUUCACAUUUUUUUUCGCAUUGAGUAAAUUGGCGCGAAAAUAUCCCCUCCCAAGUAUUUCUUUAUAGAUCAUAAAGAUAAAUAUUGUACAUAUAUAGAUUUCAGAACAGUUGCCAAUGCGAAAAUUUCAACAUUGUUAUAAGUUUAAACUGAGUCAUAACAUGAACAUUUGUACUACACAGUAUUACUAUUGUCCGUAAACAGUGCUAGAAGUGCAGGAUAAGAAUCAAUGAAGUAUGUCUGAGUGAUAAGUUGUAUAUCGGAGGGUAACAGUGUAUGCAUCAGAGGGUAACAGUAUAUACAUCAGAGGGUAACAGUAUAUACAUCAGAGGGUAACAGUGUAUACAUCAGAGGGUAACAGUGUAUACAUCAGAGGGUAACAGUAUAUACAUAAGAGAGUAACAGUAUAUACAUCAGAGGGUAACAGUUUGGUAUAUACUUACCCUCUGAUGGGUUACCCUCUGAUGUAUAUACAUCAGAGAGUAACAGUUUGGUAUAUACUUACCCUCUGAUGUGUUACCCUCUGAUGUAUAUACAUCGGAGGGUAACAGUGUAU